CAUAGUGCUAGCUUUGAAGCACUAAAUCAUGGAAAAGCCUCUGCCUAAGCACCUUCAUGGUUGUCCAAGACCCUGCCACUCUGUCCCCUCCCUUGCUGAGCAGAUGUGAGGGGAUAAGCUCUCCUGUUUCAGACUGGCCCUCGACUCUGUGCGUGGGACUGCCCGUAAGAAGACUAGCUUAUAGGAAAUGCGGAGAUGUCUCCUGUGAUGUGAGCUGUUCUUCCCAGUGCACUGGACUGUGACUAUAUUAAAUUACAGGCCGUGUUGCCUAAGCCACCAGAUGGCAAAGAUAAUUGACCUGUGGUCACAAAAGACUUGGCUAGAUGCAAACAGCAGUGAAAUUAAAUAAACAGAACGUCUUUUUACUGUCAGUCUGGGAAGACCUGACUAUGUGUGUUUCUCACUGUCACCACUUUAGACUCUGUUGUUAUCUCACUCAGAGCAUUGCUGUGGAUGUCCAGGAGUGGAAGCUUCAUGGGCAGAAGGAGACCUUGCUGUGUGUAUGAAUGUAGUGUUCCUUCAGCCCCCUCGCAUGCAUGGCUGAGCUCAAAGCCAAAUCCAAGAGUGGUUGAAACUUCACACUGUUGAAGGGAUCAAGCAGAGGGACUUAAAGUAUCCAAGAAGUAGGAAAAUCUUAUGGAGAACAACUUCGUGUUGAAAGCCUGAUUUUUGGCUAUGCUAAUUGCGUGUGUGCAUCUGUGGGAAAUGAGUUUCCUUUCUUUGCUGGAGCAUUAAGCUGUGGGUGCACAAAGGCACAAAGGUUCUGGAGCAUGAAUAACACUCUUGUCUGUAACCAUGGUCAUUCCAGGACAGCCCAGUGAGUGGCUGGAAUUUAGCCCCUGCCAUUAACUUGUUUUUCCAGGACUUCAGUUUCUAGGACUGUAAAUACUACGUAUUUCAUGAGAACUACAAUUAUUUUUCAUUUCAAACUGGAAAGUCUUGUCCCUCCCCACCUCUCUGUAGUAAGGCCUUUUUUUCACCUCCCCCUUUCAAGGAAGCAGAAACAGAGUAGCCAAGCUCUGGGUUGCAAAAUAUUGAUUUCAUGCAAAUGAGAUGGGGAAGAAAAGCCAGAUGCAGUCAGUUUUCUGUCUCCUUUAAGCAGAAAUAAUACUCCCUAAGCGCUCUUCUACUUGAAAGAGAGCAAAGACAGCAAUCACUGCUAAUUUUUAUUUUAUAGAGGUACCUGGAUGUUUGAAUAUGAAGUGAUGUGCAGUGAAGGAAAUCUCUGGAAGCAUUUAUUAUUGUCUUCAAUUAGGAAUUGAAAGUAAGAAGAAAAAGCAAAUGGCCUUCAGAUGUUACUCAGUAACAUUUUCAGCUCUUCCUAACCAACUGCCAUAUUUCUCCUAGCUACAGAGUGCAAGAGUUCUCCUUUUGCUGAUUAAAACUGGGUAAGAGUUACUCAUAUUCUUACAGUUUUGUGUACUGAAGCAGGAAUCUGACAGGAAUGAACAAGCAUGGUAUUUAAAAGGAGCAGUCGGAUACGAGACUUCAUGAGGCACUUGCCAAGAUUUUUCUGUGUAUGUUUGUGUACUGAACAAAGCAUCUCCCUUCUCCUCGGUGUGCUUGUUUAUUGACUGUAAAUAUAUAAUUAUUUAUACCUCGAUUCCUUAUCUGACAUAACAAUCAUUUCCUAAUUGAAAUUCUUGGUAACAGAGACACUUUUGUCUGUAACUUAUUUUGGUUGGCAGAAUGUAUAACUCCUGGUUGUCAGCCUUUUUCUGUUAUUUCUUCGGACUGAUGCUACUGAAUUAGUUUAAGGCUUUCCUUGAAAAAAUGUAAUGUUUUCCCUUAUCAGCUGUUUGCUAAACAAAAGAGAGUAAAAACCAAAAAAGGAGGGAGCAAGCGUAACAAAGAUUUUGAGCAGCCAGUGGAGAACAGAACUGUUGUCUUUCAAGAACCCUUGGCAGUGAGGAAGGUUCUGCAUUAAAAAAUGUUGGACUUGUCUGAAUAGAUAAUAUCAGCAACCUUCUGUGCCAGGGACUGUUGCUUUGUUGAGUCAAUGAUGACUUUCUGCUGGAGCCCAAUAAGAGAAUUGUCUCGAGGCACCAAGCCAUAUGAACUUGAAGAGACAAGCCAGCCGUGGUGGAACAAGUGGCCCUCAACAGUGUUUUCCUUUGAGCUUCUAAGCUUUGCCUUAGAAGGCAAGGGCCUACGGGACUCGCCAACCCAAAGAGACUUCUUCAUCACUAGAAGCUUGAGCCUGAGUGCAGAGGUUCAUCGUGGAGAAAACAAAGCAGAAAGCCCCAGGAAAAUUCUGCAGAGUGGCUACUUCCUCCUCCAGGGGAGUUCCUCUCUUACCCUGCUGACUGUAUUAUUAUUAUUAUUUUAAAAACACUACCCUUCAGUUUCUGUGUAAAGAUUUUUUUUGAGGCGGUGGGAAGUAAGCAAGUGGAUUUCUCGAGCCUUUUUAUGCUUUCUGAAAACAUACACGGUCCUACGAGAGACUAAUAAAUUGGCAGAAAUGGAAGAGCCACCUUUGCUGCCAGGAGAAACCAUUAAAGACAUGGCUAAAGAUGUUACUUACAUCUGCCCCUUCACUGGAGCCAUCAGAGGAACCCUUACUGUUACCAAUUAUAGACUGUACUUUAAAAGCAUGGAACGGGACCCUCCUUUUGUCCUAGAUGCAUCUUUAGGUGUUAUCAACAGAGUGGAGAAAAUAGGAGGUGCUUCCAGUCGUGGUGAGAAUUCCUAUGGACUGGAGAUUGUGUGCAAGGACAUUAGAAACUUAAGAUUUGCUCAUAAGCCUGAAGGGAGAACUAGACGAUCCAUAUUUGAGAACCUAAUGAAAUAUGCUUUCCCAGUUUCAAAUAAUCUUCCGCUUUUUGCAUUCGAAUACAAAGAAGUUUUUCCAGAAAAUGGAUGGAAGGUGUAUGACCCUAUUUGGGAGUACAGAAGACAAGGAAUUCCCAACGAAAGCUGGAGGCUGAGCAAGAUUAAUGAGCGCUAUGAGCUGUGUGAUACAUACCCUGCCAUUCUAGCUGUGCCCGUAAACAUUCCUGAUGAAGAAUUAAAGAGAGUGGCAUCUUUCAGAUCAAGAGGACGAAUACCAGUACUGUCAUGGAUUCACCCAGAAAGUCAAGCAACAAUUACUCGCUGUAGCCAGCCAAUGGUGGGAGUAAGUGGCAAACGAAGCAAGGAAGAUGAAAAGUACCUACAAGCCAUCAUGGAUUCUAAUGCUCAAUCCCAUAAAAUCUUCAUAUUCGAUGCAAGGCCUAGUGUGAAUGCUGUAGCCAAUAAGGCUAAAGGAGGAGGCUAUGAGAGUGAGGAUGCCUAUCAGAAUGCAGAAUUAGUGUUCCUGGACAUUCACAACAUUCAUGUCAUGAGAGAGUCCCUGAGAAAACUGAAAGAGAUUGUGUAUCCCAAUAUUGAAGAGACUCACUGGCUGUCUAAUUUAGAAUCAACUCAUUGGCUAGAGCAUAUCAAGCUCAUUCUUGCUGGAGCCCUGCGAAUCGCCGACAAGGUGGAGUCAGGGAAGACAUCUGUGGUUGUGCACUGCAGUGACGGCUGGGACCGGACAGCCCAGCUCACCUCUCUCUCUCUGCUGAUGUUAGAUGGCUACUACCGAACCAUCAGGGGCUUUGAAGUGCUAGUGGAGAAGGAGUGGCUGAGCUUUGGACACAGAUUUCAGCUGAGAGUUGGCCAUGGAGAUAAGAAUCACGCAGAUGCAGAUCGCUCUCCUGUCUUCCUCCAGUUCAUCGAUUGUGUCUGGCAAAUGACAAGACAGUUUCCUACAGCAUUUGAGUUCAACGAGUACUUCCUGAUAACCAUCCUGGACCACCUGUACAGCUGUUUAUUUGGGACAUUCCUGUGCAGCAGUGAGCAGCAGAGAAUAAAGGAGAGCCUUCCAAAAAAGACCGUGUCACUUUGGUCUUACAUUAACAGCCAGCUGGAGGACUUCACUAACCCCUUGUAUGUGAGCUACUCCAACCACGUCCUGUACCCUGUGGCCAGCAUGCGGCACCUGGAGCUGUGGGUCGGCUACUACAUCCGCUGGAACCCCAGGAUGAAGCCGCAGGAGCCUGUCCACAACCGCUACAAGGAGCUUCUUGCCAAGCGGGCUGAGCUGCAGAAGAAAGUGGAGGAGCUGCAGAGAGAAAUCACCAACCGCUCCACCUCGUCCUCAGAGAGAGCUGGCUCUCCCGCGCAGUGCGUCACUCCUGUACAGACAGUGGUAUGAGCUGGACUUGUUAGCAGAGUACCUUCCCAGGACCAUCAGGACUGCUUUCCUGAAUUCUCUGGAUUUCCUUUGUAGUGUCUGGGGGAUGCCAACCUAUUUAUUUAUUUCUCUCCAGGGUAAUUUAUUAGUACUGUAUCACUAACAGAAGCUUAAGCGAAAGCAAACAUAGCCCCCUAUGCAAUUAACCUUCUCAGUGGCUAGAUUAUAACACAAGCCAAUUGCACUUGCCACUUAAGAGAAACCUAGAGCUCUUUCCUUGUUCACUUACAUGUUGGAAAUCACCUUGGUUUACAAAAGGGACUGUGUGCUAGAGCUAAGUGCUAUAUAGGAAAAAUGUUGCCUUGGGAGUUUGAAAAGGCCCCCCUUUGCUAAAAGAACUAUAGAAUCUCACCGUGUGAAGUCGUGCAACUGCAGUAUUAACAGAUGCUUAGCAGUGUGAGAAUGCCAGCCAACCAAGGGAGGUAGCGCUAGAAUCCAAAACGUAUCACUGUUCUCACUUUCACUGGAUUUUGGGAAGCCAUGUAAAAUGAUGCCUUACAUAAGAAGGGCAUCUUCUACCACUACACCACAUGGUGGUAGAGGAGCAACUUACAUGACUUAACUUUAUAGGACAAUGUUUACUUCCAUCUCUGCAACUCUAGAUUUUUGCUUACGGUUUACAGUGAGUGUGCCAGGAUGUAAAUUAAGCACCUGUAUUUCAGAGGGAGGGAGCAGAGCAUGGCUCCCCCGGGGCUUCCUGCAGCUCUUCUGUUCUCCAGUGCCUCAUCCACAGCAGGAGGAAGGUAGUGGAAUGCCAAGGGGUGCAUGUGAGCUGCUGGGAUCAGUCAUUCCAUUUUGCUUGGGUAAGCAUUACUUGUGAGUUUAAUGCUUCUGUGCAGGACCAUAGCAGCGUUUUUAAGGUAUUUCAGCUUUCUGCUAACUAAUGGAAGCAGCUGUAACAACCAAAGAAGCCUUUCUGCCUGCACCGCAACUGGUACUUAAUAUUCCAGUAGACUAAAAAGCAUAGUGGUUUCUGUACCCAGGCUUUUAAGUCUUUUUUUUCAUCAUAGCAUACUUCGAGACUAAACAUAAAUUCAAUUUUAAUACAAACUUUUAUUGUAGGUUUUAUUGUAGAAGUAGAUAAACAUUCAGUGAAACCAUAACUGCUGCACUGCUUGUCAGACACGUAAGAGGCUGUAGGUGGCAGGGCUUCCAGUGAAGUUGUGUAUCUGCAAGGAGCUUUGCUCCAGGCUGCUUCUUAUCUCUGCACUGAGAUCAUGGCUUGGUCUGAGUUCCAGCAUUGUUUUUGUACAAUAGGAGCCAUACUGUGGGCAGCUGCUUAAUAUACAUAUCAUGCUUUUUCUCUCAGCCUUUCUCCCAAGACAGAUAAAUAUUUAUUUGAGAGGAUAUAAGAGUGGACUAAUUUACCCAUAAUUCUUUCAGAAUCCUCCCAUUCUUUCACAGGGAGGAAUUAUUUCCAGCUGCAGUAUAUUUGUAUGAUUAACAGGCUGUAGAUCAUUGCUGCACUUGUUACAGUUCAUAUCUCAUUAGGGCAAAGAAUCCACUCAAAAUAGCUUCUGAAAGACUUAAAUUUGCUUUAAGGGUGAAGGGCAGAGUUACUGUUAAGUACAAUCAUUGUAUAAGAUGGGUCAUAGUAUUAUUCUAUCUUAGCAAACUGACCACGUGUGUAUAUUUUGUUUUUUUGAAUUAAGACUGGUUGGUUUAACACUAAUAAAAAAUGAUAAACGGAUGAAGUUUUUCCUGUGCUCAUGUUUUCUACUAUGUGGUUAUCAAAGCCAAAGCAGUUGUACACACACAAUAAAACAGCACUGAAUUUUGGAUUUGACAUGCUAGUCUUAUUCAUCUCUACUUGUGCAGGUUGACCUGCAAGAUGCUGUUGCUUGAACUCUGAAAUGCAGAAUGAUAGGAAAGUAGAUUACGUUUGGACAACUCUAUCUGUACAGGAUGACAAAUAGUAUUUAGCUGCACAGUAUUAAAAAAUACUUUUACAGUGAAAAAUAACCAAUUUCUGCAGUUUACAGUGCUUUAGUACAGUCACUUCUGUGGGAAAGGAACAUUCACAUUUGUCUGUGUAACACAAGCUAAAUCCAACUUCGCUGAGAUGAUUUAGAAUCAGCAAUUCAAGGCAUGCUCUGUGACACUCGCUUGUAGUAGAAAUAAUUCCACCUUGGGUAUCUCACUUGGAAGUCAAUCAAUCUAAGCCCUCUUCUGCAUUUUCCAAUUCAUCUAAGACAGCCUGACACAAUUCUGACAUUAACCUUCCUUUGAGCAAGCUAAUCUCCAUCCAUUGUUUCCAUGGAAAAUCUGUGGUGAUAGUUUCAGCCCCUGGUUGUCAGGACCCUCAAGGAUGAGUUGAUGCCCAAGUGAUGCUCCAGCUACACAAAGCACAUGUCCCCAGUUUAGUGGAGCCAGGUCACUCCAGGUGGGGUAGGCAGCUUCCAACUUCUCAUAGCUAAAACCUCCUGUGUCUCAAGUCAUAGAAUGGCCUGGGUUGAAAAGGACCACAAAAAUCAUCUAAUUUUAACCCCCCCCUGCUACAUGCCACAUCCAGCCUGGCCUUGAAUGCCUCCCUCUCCCUGCUGGCCACCCCUUUUUUGAUGCAGCCCAGAACACAGUUGGCCUCCUGGGCUGCAAGCACACACUGCUGGCUCAUGUCCAGCUUCUCCUCAAGUCCUUCUCCACGGGGCUGCUCUCAACAAGAUUUUCCCCCAGUUUGUAUAAAUACCUGGCAUUGCCCCAACCCAAGUGCAGCACCCUGCACUUGGCCAUACUGAACCUCAUUAGGUUUUCAUGGGCCCACUUUUCCAGCCUGUCCGGGUCCCUCUGGAUGGCUUCCCUUCCCUUCAAUGUAUCGACUGCACUGCUCAGCUUGGUGUCAUCUGCAAAUUUGCUGAGGAUGCACUCGAUGCCAUCAUCUAUGUCAUUGAUGAAGAUGUUGAAGAGCCAAGACCAACCCCUGAGGGACACUGCUUGUGAGCUCCACCCUGACACAGAACCAUUGAUCACAACCCCUUGGCUGCAUCCAGCCAGCUAAUUCCUAAUCCAUCAAACAGUCCGUCCUUCAAAUCCACACCUCUCCAAUUUAGAGAGAAGGAUGUGCUGAGGGACCAUGUCAAAGGCCUUGCAGAAGUCCAGGUAGAUGACAUCCACUGAAGCUGCCACUCCAUCAUAGAAGGCCAUGAGAUUGGUGAGGCACGAUCUGCCCUUGGUGAAGCCAUGCUGGCUUUCUAUGGAAUUACUAUAAGUGGGUCAGGGGGAGAACAUCAACCCCUUAGACAAAAUGAUCCCCGGACAGAUCCCAGGGUUUGUGGGAUCUCCCUAUUAUGAACUAGCAGUUAUCAAUGAAAAAUGGGGUCCCCUUCGUGUUAUGGGAAAUAUCUCCCUAUAUCACAUGGCAGAUUACUUUCAGGGACUUAGCAAAGAUGUACUGAUCACUAAAGAAAGACAAUUGGCUGUCUCCACAAUGGCACAGCCACUGUUAAAUGCUUUAAAUCAUGCUGAAAUGAGGAAUAAUACUUUAGAGAAUGAAAAUCAACUUUUGAAAGACCGUAUCGAAAAGUUAGAGCAAGAACUUGGCAUAUUAACAGGGAAGGAACCAAUUCUGCAUCUUCCAAUAGAUCAAGCUCGUAACAUUUCAAUAGACAAUGACCAGACUCCUGCAUCAGGUUUCAUUGAUCAAGAAAAUAAGAAAUCUAAGUUAGAUCUCAAAUCUCCAAUUUUGACAGAUCCAUUAGAAGUCCAUCUUGUUAGAAGUCCGUGCUGUCAGGGGUGCCGCCUGAUCAGUGGCCCCCUGCCCAGACUCAUCUGCAUGUAACAGCCUGGCCAUAUGCGUAUGGCCAAAUAAAUGGGAUAUACCUCUACGUACAGGGAUGUGGUCCUCCAUGGAGGACCUUCAAAAUUAUAUCUGUGAACUGGAUGUAAGGGAAGCUAUCUAUGAAGACGCAUUUGAUGGCACUGAUAUGGUCAAAUUCUCAGCAGGAAUGGGAGACUUGAUUCUACAGCAAGCUCCCUCUCAUCUCUAUGGUACUUCAGUCUCUAUAUUAAAUCCCCUGGUGGCCUCAGAAGCUGUAGUCCAGCAGGCUGCCCUGUUAGAGGCUGACCUGGGAGAAACAGAACGCCUGCAGACUAGGUGCAACAUUCGGAUGUUGGAAGAAGCAGAGGUCCUGCCAGUAAGUAAAACCAAAAUGGCGGCUACUCAAGCUCCUCCAUCGGGACCCAUAAGGGUCUCCUGAAAACAAAUGUUUAAUGAUUUAAUUCGGGCUGGGGUCCAAUUUGCUAACAUUGACUGACAGCCCAACCAUGUCCUUCUCCAGCUUUGGAGACAACUAAAGGACAAUCAAAAAUUCCAGAACUACCCUAAGAAAUCAAGGGUGAGGGUUAUAGAGAGGGUUCCAACAACAACAUGGAACCUAGAAGAUUUUGUUGUUCCAAAUAGGAAAAAAAAGCCACCUCAGGUGUCUCGGGCCACAAUGCCUGAGCCAGCGGAAGCAAAAGAUUUGGCCAUAGCACAAUUCAUGGCGUGACAAGGGAUGUUAGUCCCCGUAGGGCCUCCAGACAGGACCAGAGGCCCUAUGUAGAAUUAACAAUUUAUUGGUCCCGAAAAAAUAUUCAGAGAGUGAUGGCAUUGGUAGACACAGGAGCAGAAACAUCAAUUACCUAUGGAGAUCCGAGGAAAUUUGAUGGCAACAGAGUGAUGAUUGGUGGUUUUGGGGGACAGACUAUUCCUGUCACCCAAACAUGGUUAAAAUUGGGGGUUGGGCAUCUCCCACCCCAGGAGUACAAGGUGUCUAUUGCCCCAGUCCAAGAAUACAUCCUGGGCAUAGACAUUCUAUGGGGUCUGGCUCUCCAAACAACUGUGGGAGAGUUCAGACUUCGACAAAGAUGUAUCAGUAUCCGGGCAGUGCGGGCAAUGUUAAGAGGCCAUGCAAAACAUGGGCCUGUUUGCCUGCCGAAACCGCGCCGGAUUACUAAUGUUAGACAGUAUAGACUCCCGGGUGGGCAAGAUGAAAUAUCGAGAACAGUGCAGGAAUUAGAAAAAGUGGGCAUUGUAAGACCUGCACACAGCCCAUAUAACUCCCCCUUAUGGCCAGUGUGAAAGUCAGGUGGCACAUGGAGAAUGACAGUAGAUUACAGAGAAUUAAAUAAAGUCACACCGCCUAUUCAUGCAGCGGUAUCCAGCAUUGCCUCCCUAAUGGAGGCAUUGAGCAGGGAGAUAAAAACCUAUCAUUGUGUUCUAUAUCUAGCAAAUGCAUUCUUCAGUAUCCCAAUUGCUGAGGAAUCGCAAGAUCAGUUUGCGUUUACGUGGGGAGGCAGGCAGUAGGCCUUCCAUGUCCUGCCACAGGGGUACGUGCAUUCACCAACGUAUUGUCACAAUCUAGUGGCGCGUGACCUGGCUGACUGGAGAAAACCUGAUGAUGUUAUUGUAUAUCAUUAUAUUGAUGAUCUCCUGCUGACAUCCGACUCACUGGAAGCAGUAGGACAGGCAGCAGAUUCAUUAACCACCUAUUUACAACAGAGGGGAUGGGCUCUAAAUCCCCAAAAGGUGCAAGGUCCAGGCCUGUCCGUAAAAUUCCUGGGGGUGGUUUGGUCAGGAAAGACCAAAGUGCUAGCCAGUGCUGUUAUAGAUAAGGUUCAGGCGUUCCCAGUCCCUACAACAUCGAAGCAGCCGCAAGAGUUUCUAGGUAUAUUGGGUUACUGGCGUUCCUUUAUACCUCACCUAGCGCAGCUGCCACUGUACGGACUUGCAAAAAAGGGGCAGCUAUGGGACUGGGGUAAAACAGAACAGGAUGCUUUCCAACAAGCAAAACUGGCAGCUGAACAAGCCCAGGCAUUGGGUGUGUUUGAUCCUACCCUCCCAGCCAAGUUGGAUGUCCAUGUUACUCAAGAUGGUUUUGGUUGGGGCCUGUGGCAACACCAGAGUUCUGUUUGGAUCCCCACUGGUUUCUAGUCUCAGGUCUGGCAUGGAGCAGGAGAAAGAUACAGUAUGAUUGAAAAACAGUUAUUGGCUGCCUACUCUGCAUUACAGGCAGUAGAGCCAAUAACUCAAACGGCUGAAGUUUUAGUUAAGACCACUCUGCCGAUUCAGGGGUGGAUGAAAGAUCUGACCCACCUUCCUAAGACAGGGGUGGUGCAAGCACAAACAGUGGCACAAUGGGUCGCCUACCUCAGCCAAAGGAGCAGUCUGCGUUCAUCACCCUUGAAAGAAGAACUCCAGAAGAUCCUAGGCCCCAUGAGGUAUCACAGUGAUGCACCAAAAGAAACAUCGGUCGCUCCACCAGAGAAGAGUCCCGUUCAGGAAGGAAAAUAUCCUAUCCCUGAAGAUGCCUGCUACACAGACCGGUCCAGCAAGGGCAACCCGAGCAAGUGGAGAGCAAUAGCAUACCAUCCUUCCACCGAGACAAUCUGUUUUGAUGAGGGGGAUGGUCAGAGCAGCCAAUGGGCAGAACUGCGAGCCGUGUGGAUGGUUAUAACCAAGGAACCCAGUGAAGGUAUCCUGAACAUCUGCACAGAUAGUUGGGCUGUGUACCGGGGGCUCAAUCUUUGGAUUGCAGUGGUCCACCCAGUAAUGGACUACCCAUGCCUGGCCAAUCUGGGGCAGAGAUGCGUAGUCAACAGAAUACGUAAAGCGGGGGCUGUGGAGGUCACCGGAUGGUAACAGGAUCCGCAGGGGCCCCUUGAUUCAUGGGAAACCAUGGUAACACAUUUCCUGAGGAUAAGAAAGGAGAACAAGCAAGACCAUAUAUGAAGACGACAAGGCAUGAUAUACGUCUACUGGGCAUAGAUAACCAUAACGAGGGUGAUUGGUAGCACUGUCACAUAGGGGAAAACUAUAAGAAGAGUGUGUUGCUUGCAAUAAACGCCAUUUUGCCGCUCACCACAUUGGUGUCAUGAAAAGCAUGUGAAUCGGCCAGGGCUGUCGGAACACUUCACGAGGGGACAUCAACCAGGGGUCACCAAAAGGAAGGCGACAGAGAUGUGUGGUUAGACAUAUGGAAUCCAGUCAAACACAGGACUAUAUGUGUCUACCAUGUUUCUGGCCAUCAGCCCCUACAGUCACCGGGAAAUUAUGAAACUGACACGCUGGCCCAAGUUGGCUGGAUUGAGAAUUUGCCAGCUGAGAACAUUGCCCAUUGGUUACAUCAGAAGCUACAGCAUGCUGGACAAAAGACAAUGUGGCCAGCUGCUAAAGCAUUGGGGCUGCCCAUACAGCUAUGGGCAGGUAUAUUGUCCAGGCAUGCCAGCAUUGUGACGCUUGCUCGAAGAUGAGACCAAGAUCAUUGCCCAAAACAACAGCCCAUCUUGCUAGGGGACACAAUCCUCUCCAGUGAUGGCAGGUCGAUUACAUCGGGCCCCUUCCUCGCUCCGAAGGGGCAAGAUACGCCCUGACCUGUGUCGACACUGCAAGUGGGCUGCUGCAGGCCUAUCCAGUACCAAAAGCAAACCAGGCAUAUACCAUCAAGGCACUCACUAAACUGAUGUCUGCCUACGGGACACCUCAAGUCAUCGAGAGCGACCAAGGGACUCAUUUUACUGGUGCAACGAUACAGCGCUGGGCAGAAGAAAAUAACAUCGAAUGGCGAUUCCACCUGCCAUGUAAUCCAAUGGAGGCAGGCCUCAUUGAACAUUAUUAUAACUGUGUACUUAAGACUGCCCUGAAGACUGACUCCCAGUCCUUGCAGGGGUGGACGAAAAGAUUCUAUGAAACCUUGCAGGACCUGAAUGAAAGACCCCAAGAAGGCAGACCAGUGCCCUGAGAAUGUUGCAGAUGACAUGGGUCACCCCACUUAGGAUCCAAAUUACAGGCACUGAUCAUCAGGUAAGACCCCAGAUUGGUAACAAAAAUAAUCUUCUGCUCCCUGCCCCUGAGAAUUUAGAUCCAGGUACCCAUAAAAUAAAAUGGCCCUGGAAGCUGCAGGUAGGACCCAAGUGGUGUGGCCUUAAUUGCACCUUGGGGGUGACUGUUGGAGGUGGGAGGCUCAGUAGUCCCUCCAGUAAUAGGUACAUGGCCUACUGAUAUUGUGGUCAACACUGCGAUCUUUAUUGCUAAAGGGACCCCCAUCAUGUCCCUGUGGCAGAUCAGGACACCUCCUUUGGUGCCUGAUAUCGUUAUGCAGCCGCAGACAUCUGGCCAGAAGGUGUGGUACAGGCGGCCAGGACGUGCCCCAGUACAGGCGGAAGUGUUGAUGCAGGAUAGAAAUACAGCCUGUAUCUUGCCCUGGAGAGCAGACCUUCCCCUCCUGGUACCUCUGAAACAUCUGUAUUACUACCCGUGAGUCUGUGAGCCUUCAGGAUCACUGGAAGGAACGAAAUGCCAAAGCGUUCCAGUGUUGCUGUCAGAUCACGUGCAACACCCGGUGAUGGUCUGCAUGGGACUGAUGGAACAUAGAACGGACCUGCACCUCAUGGCCGCAUGCCUCCAGUCACAUCAUCGAGCACUGGCCCAUGAAAGAAUAUGGACAUUCACUGAUCAUCACUUGUCUUGAGUUGUACCAACAUGCGUCACAAUGAAAACUGUAUAAGCAUCGCAAUACAGCAGAUCUCUGUAUUAGGGAAAGCUUACCCUUUAGUCAACCUGAUCGUUGGUUCACGCCAUGAAGGGGUGGAGUGUAUGGGAAGUGCUGAGUCACGGCCUGAACCUCUGAUUGAUCACCUGAGGUGAGCCUUGAGUCAGCCAGAGGAGCACAGGUGAAGGCAAUUCAGCUGCUGGAAGAGGUGGCUCCACCUCUCCUAGACUCAUUCAAGAGCUGACUUCCAGCAGGGAAGGAUGUCUCCUGGAGCUCCACUCUGCUGGAGUUUCAUAGCGAGCCCAGGAUACAGGUAAGCAUUCCAUCUAUUCUCUUUUGGUAUAAUAACUGCUUAGCCAAACUCUCUGGUAUAUUUCAUAAUUAUAACAUCUGUACAUUCAUUAAUUACACACUCUCUAAGUUGAGCUCUAUCUGCACCUUGCCUUUCCUAACCCUAUUUCUACAAAGGCAGACAACAGCCCUGUAUUCCUCUCAGGAUACACAACCCUGCUUCUGCUUUCUGUACAUUUCCCUCUUUUCUCUCAGUUUAAGCUGCAGGUCCUUGUACAGCCACAACAGAAGCCUGCCUCCGCUGCUCAACUUCUGCUGCUGUUGUGCUCUCAGAAGGGUGUCCUUAAAGAGCUGCCAGCUCUGUUCUGUGCCCAUGCUCUUAAGGACAGUUUCUCAGGGGAUCCCACUCAGCAGUUCCUUGAGCAGCUCAAAUUUUGCUCUCCUGAAGCACAGGGUUCUAGCUCUGCUUUUUGCCAGGCUCACAUUCUUUAAGAUCUCAGACUCCACAAAGGCAUGGUCACUACAGCCCAGGCUGCCUCCAAUCUUAACCUCUUUAAUGCUCACUAAUGCAGAGGAGAGCACCAGGUCCAGUAAGCCUGAGGUUGGUCUAUCUAUUACCUGGACCAGGAAGUUGUCCUCGACAGACUCCAGGGAUCUCCUGUACUGUCUGCCACCCACCAUGCUGCUAUCCCAGCAGGGUUGAAAUCCCCCAUCAGGGCAAGAGCCCAUAAGCACACCUCCCCCAGCUGAAGCAAGAAGGCUUCAUCAGCAGCCUCCUCCUGAUCAGGUGGCCUGUAGCAGAUCCCAACCACUACAUGCCCUUUACUGAACUGAUCCUUGAUUUUUUUUUACCCACAAGCUCUCUACCUGAUCAUGACUGUUCCUCAGACACAGCUCCAUACAAUCUAUCCACUUUCUAAGAUAGAGGACAACUCCUCCACCCCUCCAACUCUAUCUGUCCCUUCCAAAAAGCCUGUAGCCCUCAAUCAGAGUAUUCCAAUCAUUGGCAUCGUUGCCUUCUCAGAGGAGCCCUCCCCACUACCUCCAGGACAAGUCUGUGGUUUUUCCUUACCUCCUCCCAAGGCGACAGCAUUCCCAGUUCUCUGUCACCCAGUACACCUCCUUCCCCCAUAUCUAGUUUAAAGCCCUGCUAACCAGCCCAGCCAGCUUGUUUCCAAGGAUAUUUGCAGUCCUUCUCAUCAGUUGGCCCCUGUCUGCCAUCAGCAUUCCCCCUUUCUCAAGGCUGUAUCCCAAGCCAUGCUACCCAAAGCCCUGAGGGUGACACCAUUCUGAAAGCCAUUCAUUCCCUCCUCCGUUUGUGCAGAUCCAUCACCAACUGAGAGGACAGAGGACAACACAGCUUGAACUCCUGAUCCCUUCAGAAGUCUUCCCAGAGCCCCAAAGUCCUUUUUGAUCAUCCAAGAACUUCUUUUGCCUACCUCUUCAUUUCCUAUGUGGAAAACUAGUAAUAGAUAACAAUCAGAGAGCUUGACCAGGUAGGUGAUGUUCUUAGCAACAUCUCUCACCUGGGCACCAGGCAGGCAUGCACCUCCCUGUGGGAUGGAUCUGAGCAGUAUAUUAGGCCCUCAGUUUCCCUCAGAAUGGAGUCCCCUAUGAUGACAGCCCUUUUUUUUCCUGACUGACACUGUGGCAACACAAUACACUGUGGCCUUAGGCAACCUCUCCUGCAUAGAUGGACCCUCACCAACAUCUACAGCCCCCAGUCUGUCCAGCUCCAGAGCCUCAUACCUGUUACAUAAGGGCACCUGGGAGGGUGGGACAGGCAGAGGGCCAGUACUCUCGUUGCCCCAAACAGGGACUUGUUUCCAUCCCUCACUGUCUCGGAGGUCACCCCCUCCCACCUGACUGUGAGAUGGCAGAUGAUCCCCCACUGCCUGAAAAGCAUCACCCCACACCUUUCUUGUAGGGAUGGCAGAGUGCAACUCCACCAGUCAGUCCCCCUCUCACCCUGGAUGCUCCUCAGCACUUCUACUUCCUCCCUUAGCUCUGCCACCAGGCUGAGCAGAUCACCCACCUGCUCACAUCGCACACAGCUGGUAUCCCUGCUGCCCUCCUGUUGCAGUGACAGGGCCAGGCACUGAACUGCAGCACAGGCUUACAUACUUCCAAGUCCAAGUCUCCACAUCCCUUUUAGCAACAGGAUCAGUAAGCAAACAUAGAAUCAUCAAGGCUGGAAAAGACCUCUAAGAUCACCUAGUCCAACCGUCAGCCUGUUCCCACCAUGGUCACUCACCUCAUUCCUCAGUGCCAAUCUCCAUGGCUCCUGAACACCUCCAGGUAUGGUGACUCCACCACCUACCUGGGCAGCCUGCACCAGUACCUCAGCACACUUUCUGAAAAGAAGUCUUUCCUAAUAUCCAACCUGAACCUCCCCCGGCACAAUUUGAGGCCAUCACCUCUUCUAUUGCUGUUACCUGAGAGAAGAGGCAAACUCCCACCUCACCACAGCCUCCUGCUGUCAAGGCAGUUGUAGAAUGAUAAGGUCUCCCCUGAGCCUCCUACAGAGGAAAUAAUCUCAGUGAAAUUGGAGACCUCACCCACAAGUGGAUGCACUGCACAGGACCUCCCAGGUGCCAGCAAAGGUUCUCCAAAUCCUCACUGCAACUGGGGCUCUCCAGCAACUGUGGAUCUGGAUGAUGGUAAAACAUCAGGGCAAUUGUGAUGUAUCUUUCUUAAUCACUAUCGCUAUCCUCAUGUAGUAAUGGUUAGGUGCCCUGCUCUGUAUUAUUCUUGCUGUAUAAUUUCACUUCUCUCAUUGCUUAAAUUUAAAUAAACACACUUCAACUUCAUCUGUGACCUUUGUGCUGACUACUUCCACUGGCAAAACGCACUCUCAGCCAUCUCUUCUCCAGGCUGGUCUGGAGCCUUAAAAGCCCCAGGUCUUUAAGCCCUUCCUCAUAGGGGAGAUGCUGCAGCCCCCUCAUAAUCUUUGUUGCCCUCUGGUGGAUUCUCUAGGAGUCAGUUUUUAAACUGAGGAACCCAGAAUCGUACCAAGGCUGAGCAGAGGGGGAGGAACAAAUCCCACAACCUGCUGGCCACACUUUCUAAAUGCAUCCAUAUGCCUCUCUGUAUAUCCUAGCAAUAUCCUUGUACUCUUCUUGAGUUGCCUGCCCCUUCUUCCAAAGUUGAUAAACUCUUCGUUUCCUCUCUUGAAGACUCAGCAAAUCUCCCUGUUCAGCCAGCUCAGUCUUCUCCCCCUCAGUUGGGCACAGGGGCAGCCUGCUCCUUUAAGACUCCCUUCUUGAGCAAUGUCCAGCCUUCCUGGACCCCUUUGACCUCCAGGACCAUCUCUCAAGGAACUCCCCCAACCAAUGUUCUAAAUAGAACUCUAUCACUCCAUAGUUGCUAUGCUCAAGACAGCUUCCAGCCACAUCUCUCUCCAGCCCUUCCUGCUUUGUGAACAGCAAUUCUAACUGAGCGCCCCCCUGGUAGGCUCUUAUCAGCUGUGUCAGGCAGUUAUCAUUAUCCAUACACUCCAGGAACCUCCCAGACUUUUCUCUCUGCUGUAUUUUAUUUCCAGGAAACGCUGGGUAAGUUGAAGCUCCCCAUGAGAACAAGGGCUAGUGACGGUUGGACUUUUGCCAGUCACUUGUAGAAUGCUUCAUCUGCCUCUUCAUCCCGGUUGGGUGGUUUAUAACAGACUCCCACCAGGACGUCAGCUUUGUCAGCCUUCCCCUGCUCCUUAUCCGUAAGGACUUCAUAAUUACCAACACUAAACCUGUACAAAUUCAAAACAUUCUCCAACAUUGAGAACCAUCCCACUGCCACUCCUUCCUUGCCUAUUCCACCUGAAGAGGUUAUAGCCAUCCAUUGCAGCACUCCAGUCGUGACAAUGAUCCCACCAUAUUUCUGUGAUGGUGACUAAGUCAAAGAAUCACAGAAUCAUUAAGGUUAGAAAAGAUCUCUAAGAUCAUCUGGUCUAACCAACUACCACCAACACUGCCACUAAAUCGUGUCCAUCAGCACCACAUCUGCACUUUUUCACACCUAGGUGCAGUGACUCCACCUCCACCCCAGGCAGCCUGUUCCUAUGUCUGACCACUCUUUCAGACAAAUCAGUUUUUCAUUUUUCCUAAUAUCCAACCUGAACCUUCCCUGGAGCAACUUGAGCUAUUUAACUUGUCCUGUCACUGUUACCUACAAGAGACUGAACCCCACUUCACCACAGCCGUAUCACAGAACCACAGAAUUGUAGGGGUUGGAAGGGACCUCCAGAGAUCAUUGAGUCCAACCCCCUGCCAAAGCACGUUCCCUACAGCAGGUCGCACAGGUAGACAUCCAGGCAGGUCUUGAACAUCUCCAGAGAAGGAGACUCCACCACCUCCCUGGGCAGCCUGUUCCAGUGCUCCGUCACCUCACUGUAAAGAAGUUCUUGCGCAUGUUUGUGUGGAACUUCCUAUGCUGCAGUUUCUGGCCGUUUCCCCUUGUCCUGUCUCCACUCACCACUGAAAAGAGUCCGGCCUCACCACUAUGGCCCCCACACCUCAGAUAUUUAUAGACCUGGAUC